AUGGCAAAUGCAACACUGGCUCGAGUGUUCAUACUUGUGCUAAUCAUCCUCUCCACCUUCUUCGUCACUUUGCAGGCUCGUAAUCUCCAUCACCAUCACCAUCCAUUCAUUCGUCAAGGUAAUAUUGCAGAGAGCCAUCACAAAUAUUUAGGUUUGGACCUAUCAAAGAAGCAUAUGCGUGUUCAAGAUGAUAAUGGUGCUGAUGAUGUCCCUCACAAGGAUGGAAAUACACAUAGACUCACACCAGAGGGACCAGAUCCUCAUCAUAACUUUGCAGCACCACCAAAUUAA